UUGAACUUCAGCUGGUUUGGGAGCCUGAGCGAGUGGGUGACAGGUCGCUCCUGACCAGGAAGGUUGUUCGGCAAGUCAGGGUUGGGUUUCAGGUCAGAGGGACCAUGCAGAGAGGCCGGAAGGCAGAGCUGGGCACGGAACUGCUGCCCAGGACCUGAGCUGGGAUCCAGCCUUCUCAGGGGGAGGCGAUGUCCCCGAGGGAACAGAGGUCUUCGGUCCCUUCUUAAGCCCCGCUGGCUCCCGCGUGACAUCAACAGCCCCCUUGCUGCGGCCGGGAGUUCCGAGCUGGGUGCCGGGGCCGGGCCGGCGCCAGGCACAGACACUUCGGCCCUUGUUGGGAGAACAGAGAGAGGCUCUCUUGUCCGCUGCCCAUCCUCCGGCUCCAACCACUGGUUCUCCCAGCGGCCUCUCCUCAGGCUGUGCAGAGCCCACCUGCUCACUGUUACAAGAUGGACUCUAGCCCGGCUGGGACCCCCAGUCUGCAGUGGGGCAUCCUGGAAGUCCUUGGAUGGCUCUUCUCUGGGCUUCAGUUUCCUCACGCUCACAUUUGGUACAACGGCCAGCAGCCUCCCAAGGCUGAUGUGUGAAGCAGCCCCCAAGGGCCAAUGGGAAUAUCAACCUGGGGCCUUCGGCCAACCCAAACUUCAAAGUUAAAAAGAAGCUCUGAUUUGAACUAAAGCAUCAAGUUUCCCAAGCUUGCAAAUGCUGACCCGUGUUCCUCCCUCGUCCCCCAGUGCCCGGCCCACCGACUUCGACUUCCUCAAAGUCAUUGGCAAAGGAAACUACGGGAAGGUCCUACUGGCCAAGCACAAGUCCGACGGGAUGUUCUACGCAGUGAAGGUGCUACAGAAAAAGUCCAUCUUAAAGAAGAAAGAGCAGAGCCACAUCAUGGCGGAGCGCAGCGUGCUCCUGAAGAACAUGUGCCACCCCUUCCUCGUGGGCCUGCGCUACUCCUUCCAAACGCCGGAGAAGCUCUACUUUGUGCUGGACUAUGUCAACGGGGGAGAGCUCUUCUUCCACCUGCAGCGGGAGCGCCGGUUCCUGGAGCCCCGGGCCCGGUUUUACGCCGCCGAGGUGGCCAGCGCCAUUGGCUACCUGCACUCCCUCAACAUCAUUUACAGGGACCUGAAACCAGAGAACAUUCUUUUGGACGGCCAGGGACACGUGGUGCUGACGGAUUUUGGCCUCUGCAAGGAAGGUGUAGAGCCUGAGGAGACCACGUCCACGUUCUGUGGCACCCCAGAGUACCUGGCUCCAGAAGUGCUUCGUAAAGAGCCUUAUGAUCGGGCAGUGGAUUGGUGGUCCUUGGGGGCCGUUCUCUACGAGAUGCUGCACGGCCUGCCGCCCUUCUACAGCCAAGAUUUAUCCCAGAUGUAUGAGAACAUUCUGAACCAGCCACUACGGAUCCCUGGGGGCCUGACAGUGGCCGCCUGUGACCUCCUGCAAGCCCUUCUUCACAAGGACCAGAGGCAGCGGCUGGGCUCCCAAACAGACUUUCUUGAGAUAAAGAACCAUGUAUUCUUCAGCCCCAUAAACUGGGACGACUUGUACCACAAGAGGCUGACUCCACCCUUCAACCCUAAUGUGGCAGGACCUGCUGACUUGAAACACUUUGACCCAGAGUUCACCCAAGAAGCUGUGUCAAAGUCCAUUGGCUGCACUCCCGACACUAUGGCCAGCAGUGCUGGGGCCUCAAGUGCCUUCCUGGGAUUUUCCUAUGCACCGGAGGAUGACGCCGUCUUAGAUUGCUAGAAGAGAAGCACCUGUGAAACCACUGAAGCCAGCUUGUAUCUCCCCCUGCCCCAGGAAUUAUGGGGGAUGAAGCUGGAAGACCAUGGAAAACACACCAGUGACACUGACACUGACCUACUGGGGAUCAAAGCUGAGUCAAGAAGAGCUACUAUUAUCCUUUGAUAUGUGCUGUGAAUUCUGAGCGAAACACUAUGAUUUGAUUUCCAUCUUAAUAGCGUCUGCUAAUAGACAAAUGUGAACUGUGACGAAGGCGAAGCCAAAAUCCCCCCAACUUCCCAAAGCAAAAAGCAACAGAGCGUAGUUGUCAGAAAUGUGAUAGUAUUGUCAAAGUAUACAACCUGCUAUGGGUUGUGAAACACGUAAUGGUUCUAUCCGCUCUAAGACUGUAAAAUCACAAAAUUUUCACCAGGAGAGAAAAUAAAAAUGAUAAAUUAUGAAUCUUGAUCUGUUCAAUAU